UCUGUUCCUCACAGCAACCUCUAAUAUCCUAUUGGAUGCAUUAUGGUGCUGAAAGUUUGAGAAGGUUAUGCAUGUCAUCAUUCCAAAUGUAUGGUAAUGCAAGCAUAAAAAAACUGUCUGAAAAAUAACCAAAAUCAAGUGCUGUCGAACUUACAAUCAGCAUCAUGAGAGUAACUUCAUCGAUAUACAAAAGGGAAUAUCGUCUCCAAUAUUUAGCUACAUUUGCAGGGACACUAUCAAUUUUGAGCGUUGGAGCAAAUAAUGCGUGGACAUCGCCAUAUCUACCACAAAUUACAAAUGGAACCUACCCCGGUAUAUCAGUAACUAGCGACGAAGGUUCAUGGAUAGCCAUCAUGCCACAAUUAGCGUCACCUCCUGGCGCACUAAUUGCCGCUUACUUGGUCGAUAGAAUCGGUCGAAAAAUGACGACCUUACUGAUGGCUCCGAUAACUUUUGCGAUGUUCAUCACAAUGGCUUUCGCAAGGACAACGCUGGCAUUCUGCGCGAUUCGUUUUCUGAUCGGAUGCGUCGGGUCCAUCUUGUACACGGCCUUACCAAUGUAUCUCGGCGAAAUCGCCCAUCCAGCAAUCAGAGGUAUUUUAACAGCGAGCGUUGCCUUCUCAUCGUUGCUCGGAACUUUGCUGAUCAAUGUGCUCGGGUUUCACUUCUCCAUCCUUCUCUCGUCGUUAAUUUGCGCCGCUAUUCCACUGGUACACUUCCUCGCUUUCAUCUGGAUGCCCGAGUCACCCUAUUAUCUGAUUCGGAAAAACAUGGACGAAACAGCUCGAGAAUCGCUAGCAAAAUUGCGCUCCACUGAUGACAAUGGGAAUGAGUUCAAGAUGAUUUCCGUGGCCGUUAACGAGGAGAUUGCCAACAAAAAGGCGCGUUUUUUGGAUAUAUUCACAGUCAAAAGUAAUCGCUUUGCCUUAUUCGUUUUUAUCAUUUUAAAUACAACGCGCAAAUUCAGUGGGAUUGGACCUUUCCUGUUUUACACAGUUUCCAUUUUUCAAACCGCCGAGGGAAGUGUCAGUCCACACACAUCCGUGGUUAUCUUCCUUUGUAUUCAAAUUAUAUCGGCUAUGGUGUCCCUAAACGUCCUCGAUUAUGUUGGACGAAGACCUAUUAUUAUAAUCUCAACCGUCGCUUGCAUUAUCACUUUGUCCAUUAGCGGAACCUACUUCUACUGCAAGGAAUACCAUCCGGAUUACCUCCAACAUUUCGGAUGGGUACCUCUGACCGUUUUAACGAUAUACAUGGUGUUUUACAACUUGGGAUUGGAGUUGACCCCGAUGGUGUACGCAAGUGAGCUCUUUCCGACGAAUGUGAAGGCGUCGGCGCUAGGUGUGGUCGACGUAAUUUCCUCCUGUAAUGGAAUCGUUACGUUGAAGCUCUUCCACAUUUUGACAGACCACUAUGGGAUGUAUCUAUCCUUUUGGGUAUUCGCAGUAUGCUGCGUAGUGGGAUUGGUUCUGAUUGUUAUAUACGUUCCAGAGACAAAGAAUAAGACUUUGCAAGAGAUUCAACAAGAUUUAUCGGGGCGAUCAGAAAAAGCCUAGGUUUUCCUUUAUUAACUUAAAUUGUACAAUUUUAUUUGUUAUAGGUGGUAGUGGAAUGAAAGUAUAAUAAGA